AUGAGCGACGUAGUGUUAGAGAAGCAUGAAGAAGAAAAGAGCUGUGACAGAAGCGUAGAGCAGCGUGAGAAUACAUCGUCGAUGGUGUCUUCAUCACAGUCGCUCAAGUGCUCCUCUUUCGACUUGAACGAAGAUGCUUGCUGCAUUAAUAGCAAAGAAGAUAAUGAUGAAGAUGACGAAAAAUUCGCAAUGGAAGGAAACGCUUCGGGAAAUGAAGGAAAUAAUUCGGAAAACAGUACAUGUGGGGAAUUAGGGGGAAAUGGGGAUGAUGAUGAUCAUGGGAGGACUACUGCAGUGAGGCAGUACGUUCGAUCCAAAAUGCCUAGACUAAGGUGGACUCCUGAUCUUCAUCUUGCUUUUGUGCAUGCUGUUGAAAGGCUUGGUGGACAAGAGAGAGCAACUCCCAAAUUAGUUCUUCAGUUGAUGAAUAUGAGAGGAUUAAGCAUUGCUCAUGUAAAAAGUCAUUUGCAGAUGUAUCGAAGUAAGAAGCUGGAUGAGUCUGGGCAAGGUAGAGUUAUGGCAUCCAUCUUCAGCGGCAUUGAUGAAUAUUUGUGGCUUUGCAGCCACUUGUUAAGCCAAGGAAGCAGAUCAGGCGGAGCAGCACAGGGAAUGGAACACAGUGUACAUGGGAUUCUCCAGCAGGCAGCCAGUCCUUAUCAGCAGUACUUCAGAAUAGAGAAUGGAAGGAUUGUCAUAGACGGAACUCCGUAUCAUCACCAAAAUCACCUUCACAGUAGUCCAAUGCUUAGUCCCCACUCCCAACCACCCUUUGAUAAUUUCACAGCUCUCUCUUCCAGGGAUGCCAGUCUGAGAUCAUAUGCGCCAAUAAGACCUAGCAGAUUUCUUGAAGACAAAAGGUGGCCUCCAUCUCAGAUGGUUUGCAAUAAUACUACAGGGGCCUUUAGUAGCUCGCUACCUCUACCGCGACAAGUUUACAGUACCGAUUCUCCAAUUUAUUCUGGGGUAGCUCACUACUCGCAACCAUUUGAAGGGAACAGAGAAAGCAAGACUGGGGAAUUUCAAUAUGAUUCUUGCAAUGGUGUCAUUGCCUCUAGUAGUGGCUCUGAACGACAAUUUGAGAACUCAUUUCAAGAGUUGAAUCAAGAGAAAAGUUUGAAAGGCAAGGAGUGUCUUCCUGAUUUGCAAAUGAGAAUGAGUGAAAGAGUUGAUAACGAUGGCAAGAAGGCCCGACGUCACAACAUGGGGGAAAUUAGUACAAUGCUCUCUCUUUCUUUGCCUGCAUAUUCCUCGAGGAAAUAA